UUAUUUUUUGCAGUUGGUAUCUGUCUGUCAUUGCGAUUUGCAUUUUGAUUUUUGCAUGGAAAAGAAAACUAAAAAAAUGUGCAAGAAAUCAAAAUAAAAAAAACGUUCACAGAUUUUGAAACCUUAAGAAUUCAUUAUUCAUUGCAGGUCGCACAUUUUGAACUUUUUCUUAAAGUAAUUCAAUAAUACAAUGGAUGCUGCUGAUCGUCUCCUAAAUAAUGAAAGGCUGGUGACUCGAAGUGAUUUAGAAGAAGAUCAGUUGUUUGUGAAGCCCCAGUCUUCGGGGGUGAAUGUUGAUAUAGUCAAUGAGUGUAAAGUUUUUAUUAAGGCUGAAGAUGGAAGUGGUGAUGCGCAAGUGAACACAACCGCGGCGAUGUUGCCUGGCCCCUCAGCUAUUGCCCAAGAUAAACCAAGUUUUGUCACUUCUACACCAGAUCAAAAGAAGGAGACACCAUCGGAAAACCAAAUUGUAGACUCAAAUCCAGAAUGUGACAUGGAGGAUGGUGUUUCUGAACUGCCCAUGGAUGAUGGACUUCCAAGCACGGUGACGGUGCUUGAUGCUCCUGAUGGUGGCAAAGUGUAUCUGGUGGGCACUGCCCACUUCAGCAUACAGUCUCAAGAGGAUGUAUCCAGGGUGAUACAAGAAGUGCAUCCCCAUAUUGUGAUGGUGGAAUUAUGUGAGCAGAGAACUAAUAUUCUGUUAUUAGAUGAAGAAGUCAUACUUAGAGAAGCUAAGAACAUUAAUAUUAAAAAGAUCAGAGCAACAAUGGCUCAGAACGGAGUUUUUAAUGGAUUGAUGUAUAUACUGUUAUUGAACAUGUCGGCGCAUAUCACAAGAGAAUUGGGAAUGGCGCCUGGUGGCGAAUUCCGACGUGCAAUGGCUGAGGCUAAGAAAAUCCCCAGCUGCAUUGUACAUCUGGGUGACAGAGCAAUAGACAUUACUCUUCACAGGGCCAUUGCAUCCCUUUCCUGGGGACAGACAAUAAGGUUCAUUUGGCAUUUGCUCACAUCUAACCAGACAAUAAGCCUGGAAGAAGUAGAAAAAUGUAAACAGAAGAAAAUGUUGGAAGAUAUGUUGGAGGAGAUGGCUGAAGAGUUCCCAGCUUUAAAGCGUGUGUUUGUCGUUGAGCGAGACAUGUAUCUCUGCCAUUCUCUACAAGUUGCUGCUUUGAUUCCACGGCGGGAGCCGUGUCGCAUUGUAGGCGUAGUUGGCAUUGGGCACGUGGCGGGUAUUGUGGAGCACUGGGGCAAAAUCAAACCCCAAGACAUUCCACCACUACUUCAAGUUCCGCCGCCGUCGCUGUCGACUCGUGUGAUCCGAGUGACGAUCCGUGUGGCCUGCGUGGGCGCACUGAUCUACGCUGGGUAUAAGCUCAGGCCACGGCGCUGGUUUCCUUGAUGACUAAAUACUUGCCUUUUACGAUUGUGGGUGGUCGAUUCAUGUUUGAAGACUAAAAUAACAAGAAGCUGAUUUGUCGUUUGAUUCUGUGAAUGUUUUAAAAUAAUACCUUGCAAUGAAACUAUUACCUAAAAUGCAAUUUGUCGUAAGAAAGUUAGCAUUUAGGUUACUCGUUAAAAGAAAUUGGCCAUAGAUUAUAAAAAAAAUAGAAAGAUGUUAUUAUAUUAUUAAAUGUAGGAUUGAAAAACCUAUUGAUAAAAAUAAUAUUAUCGUAAGACAAGUUCAUUGCUAGAUGUAGCCUUAUAGUGAUAACAAUACCUGGGAUUGCGUGUUUGCCUUUGCACUAGGAAUAUGAAAAUAGAAAUUAGCUCAUAAAUAUACACAGAAUGGAAUGGGAGUUUGUUAUUUUUCAAUCAAAUAUGUUGAAGUUUGAUGGGGUUAUGGUUUAUAGUUGGAUUCGAAAGGUGUUUAAUGUUGACAUUGUUUUAACGAAUAUAGUUGUCGGAAAAUUAACAAAGUCCCAUUUUACAUUCAAAUGUUUUGCCUUUCUGUAAAAUGAUUUAGAAUAGAGUAGCUUUUUUAAUAAAUUCGCAAUUACUGAUGUAAGGGUAAACAAGUCCUUAUUUGAGCUUAUCAAUAUGUUUGCACUUUGUUGAUAUUCGUUACUUUUCUGUAAGAAGUUUUUAAGUUAAGGUUUUAACUUCAAUACCCUAGUCUUAAAUUAAAGCAACUUUUGAAAAGCUCUCAUGUUGAUUGACAAUUAAAAUAAAAAGGGCUGGUUGUUUUUGAAGUUUCACAAUAUGGACUUCAAAAACCGGUAGCUAAAAUUGAUUUGUAAAAUUUGGUUAUUUGUUUAUUCUUAUUAGGUUAUGAACCACAGCAAACGACUGGGUUUAUACUCUAUGCAUUUUUGAGUUUUUCAGUUAUUGUUAUCAGUUUUAAAAUAAAUGCUAGGUUAUUUAAUCAUUAUACAGAUAUGUAAUUAAAUUGGUUCAUUUUCUUAUUGGUUUUCCUUGUUUUCUUUCAUAUAGUUGUUAAUUUAAUGCUUGAAUUGCACACCGUCCGAUUAAUUGUUACAGCUGAUAAAUCUUGGCGAAAAUACAUGAGACAUGAUUUCUCGGGGGCUUAGCAUGACACCUUCAAGUGAUCUUAAUUCCAGUGUGUGUGUCUGUGUCUUGUGUGUGUGAGUUAUGGAGAGAGGGAGAUGAAUCUGGAAGGGACUGUAGUAAACAUGAAUAUUAUGUAUAACCAGGCAAUGGAUCACUUCAAUGUUUCAUAUGUCAUGUCCAAGUAUGUAAGUACCGUAAGUACGUAGGUAGCAUCUUAUUAGGUCUGUCUUUUCAACUUUGCACAUCGCAACCAACUAGCCACUUCUAUACACAUUCAAAUGGAUAAAGAUUGUAAUUAAGCCAUUGUCAAAUGCACCUACGAAAUAGGUAUGUAGUCGCAUUUCAAUAACUGCCACAAGACGGCUAGAAACUUCUAAAUAAUACAAAGUGUUCAAUGAGUGAUUGACCAAUUUUUAAAUACUUUUUGGUUUGAUUGAUAAAAAUAGCAUUGAAAGGACUGUGAUAGAAAAUAAUAAGUUUCCAUCCGUCUCAAAGACAAAGUCAAGUUAUUAAUUAUACACCUACAGUUUUAAAUAUUAUGUUAUAGUCUGGUAUAUUAUUCGUCGUAGACCCAUUGGGCACCGAGGGUGUUCCGAGUUCCUCUAAUAAAGAUUCAGUCACGGAGUGAAUCAGACUCAUAAUAUGUAAUACGUAAUACAGACAUGUUCACACUGAAUAAAAUAAAUAAAUAAACUUUAUGUAAGCAUCAUAA